GCCUUCGAAAGGAGUGACUUGCAUGUCACACGUACGAUAGCUUUGAGUGGGCGUUGCUCAGACUUCGCGCCGCCGCCUUUCAGUCUCUACAAUACGCCUUGCCGUCACAUAUUAGAACAUAAACCUAUAUUUGUUGCAGGGUCUUGACCAUGUGAGAUUUCGCGCACUUGGUUCCGAACCAGGAUGUCAGCUCAAAGCCCACGAUAUUACGGAGCCCUCUCUGACUUCGGGUAUAUAGACCGGACCGGGCACUCUUUAUCACGAAAUGAUUAGUGUUCGUGCUUUAUUGUCGAUUUAAGAGUACGGGCUGUUUUUGUAGAAUAUAUACCUUGGUACUCAGAGCGUGAAGCGGCUGAUGUACAUCAUGGCUUCAAGGCAGUCGAAACCCUUCGUUGCCAUACUUGGCACAUUCAUAUCAUUGUCUUCAACACUUGCUGUACCAGGCAAUCUAGUCCCGGGAUGGAGCUAUAGUGGUUGUUACACGGAUGUUGGGCGUACGAUCGAUGCUGACAGCACUACGGGGGACCAGAUGACAUCUGAGUCCUGCAUCACGUAUUGCGCGUCCAAAGGUUACCCCUACGCAGGGACUGAAUACUAUAGCGAAUGCUAUUGUGGAACGGAACUCACCGAUGGUGCAGCCAAAGUCGCGGAAAGCGAUUGCAAUACAGCAUGUUCUGGUGACAAUACACAACCUUGUGGUGCUGGUAAUAGACUCACACUCUUCAAUAACCCCAGUAUCAAAGGCCCACAGGCCAACACGGGUAUCCAGGACUGGCCAUUUAUUGGCUGUUACACAGAAGGAGUAACCGGUCGUGCUUUGGAAAUUGCGGCCAAUAUUUCUGAUGAUCAAGUAAAUGGCGCCAACUGUACUGCCGCUUGUGAGAAGGCUGGAUAUGUCCUAGCUGGUACUGAAUACUCUGGGGAAUGCUACUGCGGCAACCAAAUAUCAAAUAACGCCACCCUUGCGACAGAUGGCUGUACUAUGCUCUGCAACGCGAACAAGACCGAAGUUUGCGGUGGUCCCAACCGACUUAACAUUUAUGACUUUAGGUUGACAUUUCCGGUGACGCUGAGUAGUAGCGGUUCUACCUCGCUAGCUGCUGCUGCUGCUGCUGCUGCUGCUUCUUCUUCUUCUUCUUCUUCUUCUCUCCCACCUCCAAUGUCGAUCAUAACAUCAAUUGCUUCUUCCGAUGUGGCCCCUACAACUACAGAUCCGGUAUCGUUCGAUAUUUCAGUAGCAGCCUCGAAUCCUAAUUCGGGUAUCCGAGCGGUAGCUACCACAAGCACGUCUUCAACGGCUUCUGCCAGCCCCACAGCUCCAAGUCAACCUAAAGCCAUUGGCAACUAUAUUUUCUAUGGCUGUCAGACGGAGGCAACUAAUGUGAGAGCUCUUUCUGCCUACAAUUACGCCAAUGACACCAUGACAUUGGAAUCAUGCCAAGCGUUCUGUAGUGCCAAAGGUUCUACCUAUUUUGGCACCGAGUACGGUCGUGAGUGUUACUGCGGUGACAAAUUUGGAACCGGCUCUGUCGCUGCUCCCGUCUCGGAUUGUAGUCAGCUAUGUGCUGGUGACAAGUUGCAGUUUUGUGGCAAUGGUAACCGUCUAUCGGUCUAUGUCAAGAACGGCACGGCCAUCCCUAGCAGUUCAGGAAUUUCAAGCAAUUUGAACACUGCCACAGGUACUGCUACCGGGGCAGCAGUCUCUUCUUCGGCGGCGGCAGUGACUGGACUUCCCACGGGGUGGAGCAGUCAAGGAUGUUGGCAAGAUGGUCCGAACGGUCGUAUCAUGCCUACCUACCAAGCUCCAGACAGUCAGACAUUGACUCCCCAAUCCUGUGCUCAACUUUGCUAUAGUAAGGGCUAUAACGUAUCCGGAACGGAAUACUACUCCCAGUGCUUCUGCAGCAAUGCUAUCUACAAUGGUGGCAUCAAGGGUACUGAUCAGACGAAGUGUAAUACUCCGUGUGCUGGUGAUAGCUCUGUCAUGUGUGGUGGAGCCGGUUACCUGAGCAUCAUUUCGAAUGGAAUACCUCCUACUUACCAACCUCCAGCUCCUCAAACAGGUGGACUCAACGGUACCUGGACAUAUCAAGGUUGCUAUUCUGACAAUCUCAACAACAAGCGUACCCUGCCGUGGCAGCUCUAUUUCCCUGGCACUCUUACCGCUUCAAACUGUCUGUACCAGUGUGGCCAAUUUGGUUACAUGGCAGCUGGUAUGGAGUACGGUGAAGAGUGCUAUUGUGGUGACCCUGGUGAUAUCGUCGCCAUUGGCGCCACAAAACAAGCGGAAACCGACUGCAAUCUUCCUUGCGCGGGAAACGCUUCUGCAAUAUGUGGUGGUGGUAGCCGCCUAUCGAUGUACUACUGGACUGGCAAGAAUCCACUAUGGCAGUUCUCUUACCCUACUGGCAAUGCUGCUGGUACCUAUUCGAAUCUCCUAGGUGGUGUCGUCACCCCGCUCAUGACCAUGCAAUCCAUCACGGGCAAAGUCACUUUUCUUGAGAAAUGGGGCACUGGUGCAGCCAACAGUACAGGUGCAUAUGAGCUUGACCUGACUUAUGGAGACAGGUAUAAGGCAUGGAGAGAAAUGCAUGUCAAGACUGACAUUUUCUGUUCUGCUGGUGUUAUUCUUCCUGACAAGGCAGGGAGACAGCUCACAGUCGGAGGUUGGUCCCUUGACUCGACCUAUGGUGUCCGUUUAUACUGGCCUGACGGAACUCCUGGAAUCAACGGCACUAACGACUGGGAAGAAGAUGUAAGCACUCUUAGACUCCAAGACGGCCGAUGGUACCCGACAGCCAUGGUCAUGGCUAAUGGGUCUGUCCUGGUCAUCGGCGGAGAGGAGGGCUCAAACGGACGAGCUGUUCCGACAUUGGAGAUUUUGCCAUACACUGGCACCGACCCCUUGACAAUGGACUGGCUGGCCCGUACUGAUCCCAAUAACUUGUAUCCUUUCACGGCUGUUUUACCCGGCGGUGGUAUCUUCGUCGGAUAUUGGAAUGAAGCGCUCAUCAUGAACGAGAAUACCUUUGCUACCACAAAACAACUCCCUAACAUGCCCGGCUCUGUCAACGAUCCUAAAGGCGGCCGUACAUAUCCUCUCGAAGGUACGGCUGUACUGCUUCCUCAAUACGCUCCUUACAGUGAACCAUUGAGUAUCCUCAUGUGCGGUGGCUCUACCGCCGGACCAGGACUUGCCCUCGACAACUGCGUCUCUAUACAGCCAGAAGUGACCAACGCCCAAUGGACGCUAGAACGUAUGCCCUCCAAGCGUGUCAUGUCCUGUAUGGCGCCGCUUCCUGAUGGUACCUACCUGAUUGCCAAUGGUGCCAAACAAGGUGUUGCUGGCUUCGGCCUCGCCACAGACCCCAACCUCAACGCCGUGCUGUACGAUCCGCGUAAGCCGAUUGGUAGUCGUAUGUCCGUUAUGGCCAACACGACUGUCGCCCGUCUGUAUCACAGCGAAGCCAUUACUCUGCUUGACGGACGUGUCCUGAUCAGCGGCUCCGACCCCGAAGACGGCGUCCAUCCACAAGAGAUUCGCGUCGAGGUUUUCACACCGCCAUACCUGUAUAGCGGCCUCCGCCGUCCAACAUUCACAGUCACAAACAAGGACUGGACUUACGGGCAGAGCGUUUCAUUCUCUCUUGGCUCCCCUGCCACCAACGGCGCUAUUGCAGUUUCGCUGUUGGGCGCAGUUUCAAGCACGCAUGGAAAUUCAAUGGGUGCGCGCACUCUUUUCCCGGCGGUGUCGUGUUCGGGGACUUCGUGUACCGUCACUGCACCACCCAAUGCGCACGUCGCACCACCCGGAUGGUACCAGAUGUUUGUUCUGGACGGAGCCAUGCCUGCCGUUGGUGUAUAUGUGCGUAUUGGUGGCGACCCCGCAAAGUUAGGCAAUUGGCCUUCUGGUAACUUCAAGAGGCCCGGUGUUUAGAUAGUGUUUUCGGGCAUAUGAAAUGCAGUACUUCUUAAUUAUAUACGACUAGUAUACAAUCUCGAUAGUAUGCCCAUA